AGCCAUCCAAAGGAACCCAGAAUGAGGAAGGUGGGAGAGAGGGGGAAGGUUCACUGCGCACCAAGAACAGGCCCAAGAGGAUGGCAUCAAUUCAUUCUGGGGAGAACGCAGUUAAUGAGGUGAAAGAUCGUGGAGGUAUGCAGGAGUGCCAUCUAGUAGCCAAGCAACUGUCCAAGGCUGAAACAAAUGACGUAUGGAAACACGUCCUCCUUGGCAAGUUAGAUUCAGUGUGUGAACGCUUAUUGUUCGGUGACACAUCGUGCAUACUGGACCCCAGAGUGGUGGAGGGGGAGUGGGUGCAUCACAACAUGACCAGAGUGACCUCGAGGGGUGUGGUGCUGGCCCCUGAUGGUCACCCAGAUGACCUUCCUAAUUGGAUCCUCACAGCUAUGAAGUGCAUGGCUCACU